CUGAUCAACAAUGGCCUAAGACAUAUUUGAGAUAAUUCUUGUUUUACACUUUUAAACAAAAAGCAAGGUCUAAAGAAAACAGAUUGAAGUGAUGUUUCUUUUCAAGCCAACUAAACUUCUUUUUUGCCUCGUAUUCAUUCUAGGCUCCACUACGGAUUGUCAAGCAAUACAUUAUACACUACCUAAGCAAGUCUUGUGCGGGCAGAGCCAUUUGUAUACUCCUGGUAGACUCAAAAGUCCUGGAUAUCCCAAUCCAUACCCGAACAACUUGGACUGCAAUUGGACAAUUUCUGCAAAUGGCGGAAAGCAUAUUUUCAUCCAGUUUUUUAAUUUCUCGCUGGAAGAUAACCCAAGGUGUGCAUAUGAUUAUUUGGAGGUUUAUGACGGUGAUUCCGUGCAUUCAACGAGACUGGGACGAUAUUGUGGAUACCAAUUACCAGGAAAUCUAACAUCUUCUGGUUCUAAUCUGUUUAUCGUAUUUCGCAGCGAUAAAAAUGUGGAAUAUAAUGGAUUCUCUUUUACUUAUUCCGACACAAUUGAUCAAUGCGGACAAAGUCACCUUUAUUCUCCUGGUACACUAAAAAGUCCUCUUUAUCCCAAUCUAUACCCCAACAACGUUGACUGCAAAUGGAUUGUUUCAAGUAACAACGAUAAACACAUUCUUCUGCAGUUCUCAUAUUUCUCGCUGGAAGGAAGUUCCAGUUGUGUGUUUGAUUAUUUGGAGGUUUAUGACGGUGAUUCCGUGAAUUCAACGAGACUAGGGCGAUAUUGCGGCGAACAAUUACCGGAAAAUCUGAGAUCUUCUGGCUCAAAUUUCUUUAUCGUAUUUCACACGGACGGUAGUGAUAAAAGAAAUGGCUUUGUUUUUAAUUAUACCGACACAAAUGAUUCAUGCGGCCACUCUCACCUUAACACACCUGGUGCACUCAGAAGUCCUCAAUACCCGAAUUUAUACCCCAACAACUUGGAUUGCAAAUGGACGAUUUCUAGCACUGACGGAAAACCAAUUCUCCUCCAGUUUUCGCAUUUCUCGUUGGAAGGUUACGCUGGGUGUAAAUAUGAUUAUUUGGACAUUUAUGACGGUAAUUCCGCGAAUGCAAGAAGAUUGGGGCGAUAUUGUGGAGAUCAUUUGCCUGGAAAUCUUCAAUCAUCGGGCUCCAAUUUUUUCAUCGUAUUUCACACGGACAGCAGUAGGCGAAGAAGUGGAUUUGUUUUUUACUAUGCUGAAGUUUCAUGCGGCGACUCUCACAUUUACACUCCUGGUACGCUUAAAAGUCCUGGAUAUCCCAAUUUAUAUCCGAACAGCAUGGACUGUGAAUGGACAAUUUCUAGCACUCAAGGAAGGCCUAUUCUCAUUCAGUUUUUGAAUUUCUCGUUGGAAAGUGAAGCAGGGUGCGGAUAUGAUUAUUUGGAAGUUUAUGACGGUGAUUCCAGGGGCGCAAAAAGACUGGGGCGAUAUUGUGGACUACAAUCACCAAGAAAUCUGACAUCAUCUGGCUCUAAAUUCUUUAUCGUAUUUCACACGGACGGCAGCGAGCGAAGAAGUGGAUUUGUUUUUUAUUAUACUGACACGACUGUUUCAUGCGGCGAGUCCCACCUUUACACUCCUGGAACACUAAAAAGUCCUGGAUAUCCCAAUUUAUACCCCAACGACAUGGAUUGUGAAUGGACAAUUUCUAGCACUCACGGAAAACCGAUUCUCCUCCAGUUUUCGAAUUUCUCGUUGGAAAGAGGAUAUGAUUUUUUAAACAUUUAUGACGGUGAUUCGGCGGAUGCAAGAAGACUUGGGAGAUACGAUGGAGAUGAGUUGCCAGGAAAUCUGCAAUCAUCCGGCUCCAAUAUUUUCAUCACAUUUCACGCGGACGGUAGUGGGCGAAGAAGCGGAUUUGUUUUCAAUUAUACCGAAGUGGCAGUUUCAUGCGGCGACUCUCACCUUUACACUCCUGGUACGCUUAAAAGUCCUGGAUAUCCCAAUUUAUACCCCAACGACAUGGAUUGUGAAUGGACAAUUUCUAGCACUCACGGAAAAUCGAUUUUCCUGCAGUUUUCGAAGUUCUCGUUGGAAAGUGAAUAUGAUUUUUUGAACAUUUAUGACGGUGAUUCGGCGGAUGCAAGACGGCUGGGGAGAUACGAUGGAGAUGAGUUGCCAGGAAAUCUGCAAUCAUCCGGCUCCAAUAUUUUCAUCACAUUUCACACGGACGGUAGUGGGCGAAGAAGCGGAUUUGUUUUUAAUUAUACCGAAGUGGCAGUUUCAUGCGGCGACUCUCACCUUUAUACUCCUGGUACGCUUAAAAGUCCUGGAUAUCCAAACUUAUACCCGAACAGCAUGGAUUGUGAAUGGACAAUUUCUAGCACUCACGGAAAACAGAUUCUCCUCCAGUUUUCAAAUUUCUCGUUGGAAAGUCGAUUUGAUUUUUUGUACAUUUAUGACGGUGAUUCGGCGGAUGCAAAAAGACUGGGGAGAUAUGAUGGAGAUCAGUUGCCUGGAAAUCUGCAAUCAUCCGGUUCCAAUGUUUUCAUCGUAUUUCACACCGACGGUAGUGGGCGAAGAAGCGGAUUUGUUUUUAAUUAUACCGAAGUUCCAGUUUCAUGCGGCGACUCUCACCUUUACACUCCUGGUACGCUUAAAAGUCCUGGAUAUCCCAAUUUAUACCCCAACAACAUGGAUUGUGAAUGGACAAUUUCUAGCACUAACGGAAAACUGAUUCUCCUUCACUUCUCGCAUUUCUUGUUGGAAAGUGGUUAUGAUUUUUUGUACAUUUAUGACGGUGAUUCGGCGGAUGCAAGAAGACUGGGGAGAUAUGACGGAGAUCAGUUGCCGGGAAAUCUGGAAUCAUCCGGCUCCAAUGUUUUCAUCGUAUUUCAAACCGACGGUAGUGGGCAAAGAAGCGGAUUUGUUUUUAAUUAUACUGAAGAAUGCGGGGAAAAUCACCUGUAUGCUCCUGGCACACUUAAAAGUCCUUUUUAUCCAAAUCUAUACCCCAACAACGUAGACUGCAAUUGGACUAUUUCAAGCGGGAAUGAAAGACACGUUCUUCUUCAGUUCUCGUUUUUUUCGUUGGAAUUUGACUCAACGUGUUUAGCUGAUUAUUUGGAGGUUUACGACGGUGACUCCUUGAAUUCAACAAGUCUGGGGCGAUACUGUGGCUCCCAGGUACCAAGAAAUCUGGUAUCAUCUGGGUCCAAAUUUCUAAUAGUGUUUCACACAGACCAUAGUUUUCGAGAAAAGGGAUUUGUUUUCAGUUAUACCGACACAAGUGGUUUAUGCGGCGACCGCAUUUCUUUGCUUACCCCUGGUAUAUUCAAAAGUCCAGGAUAUCCCUAUUCAUACCCUGACAACUUGGACUGCGAAUGGAGAAUUUUUAGUGGCAACAGAAAACCAAUUCUCCUUCAUUUUUUGCAUUUCGAGAUGGAACGUAGCUAUGAUUGUGCAGCUGAUUAUUUAGCCGUUUAUGACGUUGAAAAUUUCAGUGCAAAAAGACUGGGACGAUAUUGUGGAGAUCAGUUACCAAGGAAUCUGACAGCAUCCGGCUCUUAUUUGUCCAUCGUAUUUCACACGAACGGUAGACAGGGAAGAAGUGGAUUUGUUUUUCAGUAUGUCGAAACAAACGGUGUGUGCGGAGCGAUUCAACUGUAUACUCCUGGCACACUGGAAAGUCCAGGAUAUCCGAAUUUAUAUCCCAAUUACCUGAACUGCGAGUGGACAAUUUAUAACGCUGACGGAAUUUCGGAUAUUCUCCUCCAUUUUGUUCAUUUCUCGCUGGAAAGUUGUGAAUAUGAAUAUCUGGAGGUUUAUAACGAUGAUUUAAAGGGUGCAAGAAGACUAAUGGGGCGAUAUUGUGGAGAUCAGUUACCUAAAGAUUUGAAAUCAAGUUCCCAUUUAUUCAUCAAAUUUCACACGAACGGCAAUUGGGGAAGAAGUGGUGGAUUUAUCCUGAAUUAUACCAGCACAAAUUAUUCAUGCGGAGAAACGUACCUGUAUACUCCUGGCACCCUCAAAAGCCCUGAUUUAUACUCUAGGAACGUAGACUGUGUAUGGAGAAUUUUUAACGUGUAUGGGACGCCUAUUUUCCUCGAAUUUUUGCAUUUAUCGACGAAAACUAGCCGGUGUGGAUAUGAAUAUUUGGAUGUUUAUGACGGUGAUUCUAUUAAAUCAGCAAAACUGGGGCGAUAUUAUGGCGGCCAAUUCCCAAUGUUUCUGUUAUCAUCUGGCCCGAGUUUAUCUAUCGUAUAUCACAGGGAUAGUAUAUAUAAGGAGCGAUGUGGGUUUGCGUUUCGUUAUGCAAACGUAAGCGAUUCAUGUGGAAAAACACAUCUGCAAACGCCUGGGACACUCAAAUUUGACGAUUCUGCUUUAAUGUCCCUGAGCCUUAAGAUGGACUGCGUAUGGACAAUAUUUAGCACUGCUGGGUCGCAUAUUCUCCUCCAAUUUUCGCAAUUCUCGCUGAGAAGUAGUGAUGAGUGUAACUAUGAGCAUUUGACCGUUUAUGACGGUCAUUUCUUCAUGCGGUAUUGUGGAGACAAAUUGCCUGGAGAACUGGUAUCAUCUGGACUAAAUCUGACCAUCGUAUUUCACACGGAUAAUUUCUGGCCAGGAAGUGAAUUUGUCUUAAAAGUCUCCGACGCAAAUGAAAAAUCCAAAGGCGGAACUAAGUGGUAUAUAUUUGCAAUAACCGCUGGAGCUGGACUCCUCUUUGGCCUUUUCAUUGCAUGUAUGCUGGCGUGUUAUCGUCGUCGAAGGUUCAACCGAAUUUUAUAUCACCAAUUGCCAAACACCAUGCAUGAACUAGAUGAUAUUAACCUUCUACAAAGCGACAACGAACCAGAGAGUGCUGCACAAGACGGGAAUAACUACACUUAUGUUGAUAUCUAAAUAACUCAAUACUGUAGAGCGAUAUAAUCGAUAUCGAAUCUAGGAAUAAUAAGGCAAUUUUUCUCCCAUCAGCAACACUUAGUCUUAAAAGAACUAGUUAAAUACGGGUACAAUCUACACGGGUUAGAACAAGGCGUAUAGAAGAUAUAUAGCAUUAUGAAACGUCAAUAAACAUGCAAUUAGGUGUAUGAUCAAAGUGGAUGAACUUAGGAUUGGGGUAUUCUUAUUUGAACUCAGAGUGAUAAGCUGGUAUCACCGAGCUUAUCAUGUGAUAACCUGUUUUUCACAUACAUAUGCCUUUAUUCAGUUCAGGAUUUAAAUUUGGCACACAUCGAGAAAAACAUGGCUUGUGACUUCAAAGUUAUCCUCUUGAAUUGUCGUACUAAAGUUCUUAAUUUAGGUUUUUACUCAGAAACUUUGCCUUUAUUGCCACAGUUCAUGCACUAUGACUGAUGAUCCAGUACAUUUUUAUAUAGGUUCGCGAAAACGAUCGUAAACCAAACAUAACAAAUUCUGUAAUUUACGAAUGCAUUCAGAGCAAUACAUUUAAUUUGUGUAGCUAGCUGCAGAGCAUUAAUUUUGUAAAAAAUUAUGAUUUUCUGCAGAACUCAUUAGUAACAAUCUACCCGUCACUAUAGUUUUGAAAUCAGUUCUCGAUUCAACAUGACUAAUGUAUCAUAAUAAUUGUUGAAGA